GUGUUCAGAUCCUUUCACUGACACUUUCCGGCGCGACUAGUCAGGUGAAGGCCGCGCGUCACGUGAACCAUCUCCCUCGCUCUCGUGGAACCGGCCUUGCCACUUAUUUAAACAGCCGCCGGCGGGUCGACUGUUUUCUUGCUGCUAUCGCCGCCGGAGGUGGUUUCCUUCCUGCGGACUUGUCUGGCUCCCGGCGGUUUCCGGUCAUCUUCUCAUCGGGGGCUUCGGCGUCGCAAGUGUCUGCAGCAAGAGACGCAGCUUGCAUCAUGUGGCUCUUGCUGACGACACUUGGGGCGGCGUGCUUGGCGGCCCAGGCGCAGCAGGGUGACGGCCUGGCCGGCCCUGAGGGAGGUGUCCCGCUGGGCGACUGCGUUUGCGUGCCCUACUACCAGUGCAAGGAAGGCAAGGUGUCCGAGGACGGUGGUGGGCUGUUGGAUGCACGCCGAAAGCUGCCUCCCAAGGAAGAGAUCCCGCUGGACGGGCUCGGUGACCAGAACCAGCAGUGCCCUGGCGUAGACCAGGUGUGCUGUGCGGAGCCGUCCGCCGUGACGGAAACGCCAUAUGUGGCCUCUUGCGGCAUCCGUAACGACAACGGCAUCAACAGCCGUAUCCUCACCAAGGACGGGAAAGGCGAGGCAGAGUUCGGAGAGUGGCCUUGGCAGGCUGCUGUGCUGAAGUAUGAGAACGAAAUCCUCAAGUUCGAGUGUGGAGGCACGCUGAUCGCCAGCCGCUACGUCCUCACUGUCGCCCACUGCGUCGCCCGCUUCACUGGUGCCGACCGUGUGCCUCUAAAGGUUCGCCUGGGUGAGUGGGACACGCAGUCAAUGAAGGAGUUCUACCCUCACGAGGACUACGACGUGGGCAACAUCUACAUUCACCAGUACUUCCGCAACAACUCCCUCUGGAACGACAUCGCACUGCUUGAGCUCACCCGACCGGUCAGUUUCGCGCCUCACAUCUCUCCGAUCUGCCUGCCCAAGCUCGAAGACGUCUUCGAGGGCAGCUCCUGCGUCGUCACCGGAUGGGGAAAGGACGCCUACCGUACAGGCAAGUUCGCGAACAUCAUGAAGGAGGUGAAUGUACCAGUGAUCGACAACCCGAUGUGCCAAAACCUUCUGCGCCAGACGAGGCUGGGCCGCUAUUUCCGUCUACAUGAGGGGUUUAUCUGCGCCGGCACGGAGGACGGCGUCGACUCCUGCAAG